CGACACCCAAAUCCUAAAGCCCCCCCUUCUCUCCCGAAACCCUAAUAUCGCAUCUUCUCUAGCGAAACGAUGGCGAAAUCAAUGAGAUGCAAGAGGGUGAAGAGAUUGAGAGCUAUUAGAAGAGAAAUAGUGGAGAAGGAAGCAUUCACUCUAACAAGAGACGACGCCAAGUCCGCCGCCAUCGAAGCCGCACUCGCCGCCCCCAAACUACCUGUUCGUCAGCCACCUCCUUCUCCGUUCAUGGAAGUGGCGGCGCCGACACCUGAGUCCACCUCUGCCUCCGGCACUAUGGCCAACGAUAUGGAUGUGGAAAUGGAUGGUGAGAAGCGUAACAAGUCUCUUAAACCCAUUGGGAAGAAGUUGAAGAAGAAGUUUAAGUUGGGCAUGAAGAAUCGUCGCAGCAAGGGUGUCCUUCGAGGCAAGCGAGUCUAAGUUCUCAAGUUUUGUUUUGUUUCUUGUUCUGUUUCACAUCUCAUAUCUAUGUUCCCAGGUUCUUAGAAAAUGGCUUAUUUUGUAUCUUUUUUUUUGUGGUGAACUUGGGAGUAUUAUAGAGACCCCCUAUAAACGUGAUUUUGAUUUCUGAACCUAAAGACUUAUCUGAUUAA